CAGUGAGUCGGGUCCCGUUUACCAGCUGUUCGUUCAUUCCACCAAUGAGUUGGGCAGAAUUGGCUAGAUUGACAGGCACGCCUUUCCAAGGUUGCGCCGCCUUUUAUGACUGUGUAGUUUUCUUCUACUUUUUAUUGCAAGCCAGAACUGGAUGUAAUAACGUCACAUGUUGUUUUUCUCUCCAGCGCAUUCACCGUGGUGUUAUUUGGUGCUUAACUGUUGCAGACAGCGGGAGGAAAUACCUGUCUCGGGUAAUGGAAUAAGUAAAACGGAUUUACAUUCGUUUUUUCGGUACUUUGGAAAAUAGCACAAACAACUUCUCUAAAAUAAGUGAAGCGUGCGCAUUAGAAUGGCGAGUCCUCCUACGAGUGGAGGACAGAUGUUGUCUAAUGUGACCAAUAACAGUAAUAACGUUAAGAAAUGUGGAUAUCUAAAGAAACAGAAGCAUGGACACAGACGUUUUUUCGUGUUGCGAGAACCCAGCGAGAGCUUUCCUGCCCGUCUGGAAUACUACGAGAGCGAGAAGAAGUGGAAAAAUAAGUCGGCUGCUAAAAGGGUGAUACUGCUGGACUCAUGUCUUUGCAUAAACAAGCGAGCUGACUCUAAGCACAAACACCUCAUCGCCUUUUACACCAAGGACGAAUACUUUGCAGUGGCAGCCGAAAACAAGCAGGAGCAGGAGAGCUGGUUUCGAGUGUUGUCGGAUAUGAUCGAAGAGGGGAAAGUCUAUGACAGCCCCGCGUCUAAUUCCACCUCUCUUUUCAGUUUCGAGGAGGCGAAUUACGGUAUGAUCACGCCAACCACUGCCUUUUACAAGGAGGUAUGGCAAGUUAAUUUGAAAUCCAGAGGACUGGGUCAAACAAAACAUUUGAUAGGGGUGUUUAGGCUGUGUUUAUCCAGUCGGACUAUCAGCUUUGUGAAACUGAACUCGGAGGUUGCAGCUGUCAGUUUACAGCUCAUGAAUAUCCGGAGAUGUGGCCACUCUGACAGCUUUUUCUUCAUCGAGGUUGGUAGGUCGGCUGUCACAGGCCCCGGUGAGCUCUGGAUGCAGGCUGACGACUCGGUGGUUGCACAAAACAUCCACGAAACCAUCCUGGAGGCAAUGAAAGCCAUGAAAGAGCUGUCCGAAUUCAGACCUCGCAGUAAGAGUCAGUCGGCUAGAACCAACCCCAUUUCAGUGCCCACAAGACGCAACUUGAACAAUCUUCCCCCAAGUCAGACAGGGUUAGUGAGGAGGUCGAGAACAAACAGCAUAGUGGCCACAUCUCCAAUGAGCAAGUUCACAUCCUGUCGGAUAAGGACUGCUAAUGGGGGGGAUGGCAGCAUGGUCAGGCCAGUGUCUAUGUCAAUAUCUAUGAGCGGGAGUCCCACCAGUCCCCUCUCCAACCGGAUCCCCCUGAGCCGGUCAAAUACACUCUCCAGCGGGCGCAUCUGCCAGAUACUGGAGUCCAGCCUCCAGCACAGCCGCUCCUUGCCCGUCUCCACCCCCCAGGUUGCAGUUCCAUCUGCCUCUCUCAUGAGUGGGACCCUCCCCACCCCUGAUGCGGUCCACCGCCCCUUCAGCUGCAGUGCCUCCAUCUCAGGUUCCCUCAGUGACGCAAGCUUCAUGCUAUGCGACGAGAACAGCUCCAGCCCAGGCGACACCUCCAGGCUCCUACCCCUCACCAGGAGUGACACCCACGACUCCCUCUCCAGCACUCCCUCCUCCUGGGAGGCCAACGACCUGUGUGGCUACAUGAUUAUGGACAGGACGAAUGACCAACAGCGGGCGUGCCAGGAGGAGGGCCUGACAUUGGAGAAGGCGUACAGGAAGAGGACAUACUCUCUCACCACACCACGCCAACAGAGGGUGCCCGCCCAGCUGUCGUCUGCCUCGUUGGAUGAGUACACCCUAUUGUGGGCUGCCCACCACACCAACAGUGAGCACCACUCCAGAAACAGCUCCAUCUCUGCCUCCCCAAAGGUGUCCUACCCCGAAUCCAACAGAAACAACAGCAAGGCAGACGCUUACAUGCCCAUGAGCCCCAUGUGUGUCUCGGCUCCCAAGCAGAUCAUCAAUCCCUGGGCCCAAAUCCACCAGGACGGGGGCGGCUACCGGACCAACUCACCCAGCAGCGGAGGCUCCUUGGAGGACAGUGGCUACAUGAGGAUGUGGUGCAGCUCCAAGUCGUCCAUUGAAAGCCCUGACAGCCGCUCGACCUACAUGAACAUGUCCCCUAGCAACGCUGCUUACACCACCUCGCAGACCCCCCCAGACUACUUCCUGGAGCAGCUUCCGGGUGGUGAGCCUUCCAUCUACUCUGCCGACUCCCUGCCACGCCCCACCAAACUCCACCAGACUUCCAAGGAGGUGGGGAACACUGAUCACCAGUACGUCCUGAUGAGCCCUCAAGGCCAUCAGUCGCUAGGUGGGGAGUCAGAUGACUACUACUCAGUGAUGACCAAUGCGGCCACGCUCAACUCCUCGGUGCCCUCGGCCAUCAGACAGAGCCGGGGGACUGAGAGCCUGACGUCCCACCGGGGGAGGAUGGGGCGACCCAACCGGCUGUCUCUCGACAGCUUUAGGAUCCUGCCCAGCAUGAACGAGCACCUCUUGCCCGGGGAACCCAGGAGCCCGGGUGAGUAUAUCAACAUAGACUUCAGUGAGAGCACCAAGUACUCCUCGCUGUCAGCAUCCAAUGAGAGCCAGGAGUUGUCUCUGGGCUCCAUCGGCAGCCAGCCGAGGUCCCCUCUCUCCGACUACAUGAACCUGCACCACAUCGUCUCGCACUCACCCAAGGCCAGAGACACCCCUGCUGGACGGUUGGACACGGUCCCUGAGUCAUCCCUGUGCCCUUGUCUGGAUGGGGAGGCAGUGUACCAUCUCCGAUCGAAGAGGGAAUCCAAGUGCCCCCAGAGAGGCAAGGAUGAGUACACCGAGAUGACAUUUGGACUUGGAAUGGCCAACAUGCCUCCCCAGUUCGUCCCUCAGACCUCAGCAAGCCCCAGUGCCAGAGAGAAGAGUCUAUCCCUGGGUGAGCAGGGCCUCCCUGUCGGCAUUGGGGUGUUCCUCCUUGGCGCCGUCAACCCCGUGGAUCCUGACAGGGCCGCUAAGGUGAUCCGGGCCGACCCCAAUGGGCGCAGGCGGCACAGCUCCGAAACCUUCUCCUCUACGGCUACCGUCACCCCUGUGUUCCCCUCGUUCGCCCAUGGGAAUGCCAAACGCCAUAGCUCGGUGGAGAACCUGUCGAUGCGGAGCAGCGAGGGCUCAGACGAGGAGUGUGACAGCCCCAUGAGUAGAGAGACCUCUGCAGGCUUCCAGAAUGGACUGAACUAUAUUGCCCUGAACCUAAUGGAGAACUGGGACAGGGACCUGGAGGGACCUUGUUGCGAAGACCUGCCCACGGUCAGCUUUAAGCCGGCCACCAGCUGCAAGGGAGCCCUCCAUGGAUUACACGUCACGCCGUACGUCUGUUUGGGGUUCAAGGAGGCGGCAACCACUGUCAAAGACUGAACAGGACAGUGAACGAUCCAAGCCCUCAUCAUCCAUGCUCUGAGAUGGACAGUCAUACAUUGGGGGUGGCCGAGACAACCUGCUGCUGUGAAUGAACUUGAGAAAUAAGGCUGUGACCCAACAAACAUCCCCACCACGACUAACUCCCUCGCCCAUGGACGGGAAUCCUAACACUGGUGUUGUCCCAGAGACUCUGUACUAAAAAGAAGAUGGGGCCAGAGGCUCCUGUAUAUGGGGGACCUCUGUAUGUGUCUAGAGGCUAUAUUUCUGGCUCUGUUCAUUUGUUUUGAAUUUUCCCUCUCGUUUUUUGGUUUUGUCUCGUGGACUGUGAGUAGCCUGUCUGUUGACCCACAAGACAGGACAUGUAAGGCACAGUACUUACACCCUCCUCAAAAGAUUAGUCAACAACCCCCCCCAAACACACAGCACGCAUAUAUUAUUUAUUUACUUACAUGAGUAUGGAUGGGUCGAAGUUUGUUUGUGUAAAAGCAGACACCAUGAUAGUUUCAGUAACACAUUCGCUAGCAAACCAUUUAAAAUAAUCCAAUCCCUACCUCAGAAAGAGCAAGGCCGCAUACUGAGUAAUGUAUGUAUAUUUAGGUUGUAUUUAUUUUGGAAUGCUUCAUAAAGACCAACCCAAAGCCUUACGGUCUUUACUGUGGUUGUAUUUGUAAGGCACAACAAAGACAAUCUGAUUUAUUCUCCUGCUAUUAAAGUAUUUUCUUAAUUCUAAUUUCAUGCAAUAUGAUACUAUUUAAGAGCAUUUAUUACUAGUUCCAGUUAUGAGAUGAGAAAUAUUUUUUUAAGUACAUUCAUGUAGUAAGAAUGCAAAGAUGUUGGUCUGUGUACUUCCUAGUAGUAGUCGGAACCUAAACUAACCCAGGCAUUUACUGUAUUUGCAAUGCAUUACCCAUAAUCCCUAGCUGUAACCUGAUUACAUGAUAGAACAUCUCAAUGAUUUAGUUUUUGGGGUAGAACCACACGAUUUUGGGGUCAUUGGGAUUGCCGCAGUCACUGCUGGCGUAAGCAGGAGGAGUACAUAGUGCCAGGGUCCUGUUCAUUAGGCACCAAACGGAAGAAAAUGGACUGAAACAAGGGAAGACUACUUGGACAUAUACUGUAAAUGUUUGGUGCCCUAAUGAUUUACUACCCAGUUUUCACAACUCGUUAGAUUGUAACACACUAGAGACACAUCUGAAUGUAGUAGAAACGACCAUUGAAAAUUAAGUGGGAGGGGGAGACAUUUAUCAAACUGUAUUAUUUAAUAUGUACUACACUUAUGAAGUAUUUCCUCAAAGGCUUUUUUUGUGUAGAUUAUGUACAUAAGAGUUUAUCUGAAAUAGGAUUUCGAUUGUGAAGAUACAUUUAGUCAUGUUGCAAUGAAAUUACUAAACAAUGUAAAGAAAAUAUUUUUGAAAAUUAUGUUUUUGGAUUGUAAAAUGUAUGACUUUACCCCCUCACAUUUACUUGUGAAUAAGUCUAUAAUAUUUAAAAAGAGAAUUACCUUCAGUAUAUAUUUAGUUAUCUUUGCCUUGUUGACAACACUUUCACUAUUGAAUAUGCCAUAUGGGUAAACACAUUAACUUAGUGUAACCAAAUGUACACAUUGUGUUGAUUUAUAUUUUAAGUUUUUUAACAAAGGAAACUAUUUUGAUCUUUGUAUACCUUUCUACCUACUUUUUAUGCUUUUUUUUGUCACUGGAGACAUAUAGUGUAUAUAUAUAUAUAUAUAUAUUCAACAGUGCGCUCACUUUUAGUGUAUGUCUACUGUUUCUUACUCGAGAAGAUUGAAAUGUGAACUAUACUGAGAUGGCACAGAUUGAACAUGUCUUCAUAACUGAUUGAUGCUAAAGAGAUUUUUAAUUGUAUUAGUCACCAACUAACACUUUUUUGUUGUCUCAAAUGGCAUCCUAUUUCCUAUGUAGUGUACUACUUUUGACCAUGGCCCAAUAGGGCUCUGGUCAAAAGUAGUGCACUAUGUAGGAAAUAAGGUGGCAUUUGGGACUCAUGGACAAACUCAUGUAAUGGGUUGAAAUGAAAAGAGAACUCUCCUUCCCAUCAGGAUAUUCUAGGCGUCUGAGUAUUUCUGCCUCUUUCUGCUGCUUGAAAAAUUUAUCCUAUUUAGGAGGCCAUAGAAAACUAAUUCAGCAAAUAACUUCCUUCCUGGUUAGUGUCGGACUCAGGGCAUAAUUGGGCAGCCAGAGAGGGUCAAGAGGGUUCUCUCUCUCUCACUCACACCACAACACUCUCACAUCAAUAGGCCAACUGCUCCAGUUCUCAACCGUAGUGCACAGAGUACUCAGCUCUAUUGUCCCUGUGGAGGCUCUAUCCCUCCUAGGUACGCUUGAUGGGACAAAUAACACGCCACUGCGAAAAAAACCAUAACAGAGACCAUGUCCUCUCUCCAUUCAGAAGAUCCCUGCACAUUUGCAUCCCCAUAACUCCCAUCGGGAUAUUCUUGGGCUUUUUAGUAUCGUUGCCUUUUCCUGCUGCCUGGAAACAUUUUCCCCUUUUAGAAGGAGACCAUAGGAAGCUCAUGUUCAGCAAAUGACUUCCUUCCUGGUUAGUGUCGGACAGGGCUUAAUAAGGCAGCCAGAAAGGGUCUCUCUCUCACACAUACGUGCAGUACUAGAUGACUGGAGCUCAGAAGCCAGGCAGAUAUGAGUCUUAUGCAACGCCUGUCAUCAUAUCAAGUACAAAGUGUUCCAUACCCCCACUGAGCUACUGUUCUGUUCCAGUCUCACAGGCCCUGUUUAUGGACAUAUUUUUUUCAAACUACAGCAGGAAAGAAAGGAUGGAUAAGAAAAUAGAAGAAAGGGCGCCUUCAGUCUUCUUUGAGAGAGCUUGUUGUAUGACCGCUGGUGGAGUGUGUUGGGGAAAUAGUUUCAUCUGAUCAUUUUAUCAGCAUCUGGAGGAUAUGGGAAAACAUAAUUGUUUCACCGCUGCUGCAUAUAUACACACACAAAAAUUAUAACCAAAUCCUUUCUCGGUCUCAUUCUCUUUUGCUCUCACACCUACGCACCCAGCUGAGAGGAACACUGAAACACAAAUAGAACCCCCACAACCCCAGCUGCCUUGGUUUUCUUUUGACCCUGGGGCUCGACCGGAGGUUCAACCACACGACCGAAUGUGGUCAAAAAGCACUGACCUCCACAAAAGGACCACACCACGACCUCAGAGUGACAGUGACAUUUGGCCCAUCAAAUUAAGCUUCCUUCAAGGGUCCUUCAAAUUCUCUCCAUCUCCCAACAUCUGGUCGUGUUAACUUCACUGCUAAAUCAGAGUUUUCCAAACAGUUCCAGAGCAUUAAAGAAUACACAUCCACCAUCUUCCAUCUGCCUUUUCAGGCUUUCAAUUUACUCUUGAAAGUUGCAAUAAAUAGAAUGCACAGGGUGCAUUUUCAAAAUUGGGAAGUCCAUGAGGAGUUUUCCUCUUGUCAUGUUGGUCAUGGCAGACCUUAGAGAUUAUUUAUUAAUGUCCAGAUCAACUGCCCACUGGGCACAGAUGUCAGUUCAAUGUCUAUUUUUGAUUUAAUUUGUUAACUAACGUGAAUUUAAUGUGAAAUCAACAAAAAAUGACACAAUGACAUUGGAUUUAGGUUCAAAGUUGGGUGAAAAAAAUAUGAAAUUCCCAAACUCCCAAGUGGCGCAGCGGUCUAAGGCACUGCAUCUCAGUGCUUAGAGGAGUCAUUUUGGUAAAUUUCUUCAACAGAUGAUCAAGUCUAUAUAAUUAUCAAACAUAUAUUAGUAAUGGAAAGUAAACACAGACUCUAAGUAUUAAAAAUCUCCUUUAGUAAUACAAUUGUAGGCAGAAGUUGGUACAGAGUACAGUAUAUGAUAGCUCUCCCCAGGUUCUGCAAAAUGUCUAAGACAUCCUGUAACAUAUAGCCUCCCCAGUCCUCCUUGUGUGACUUUCCCUGGCAACAAAUUAUUAUUUUUUCUCCUUACAGUUUCUCCUUACAGGAGACCUUACAGUUUAUCAUUACAAUUUAUUAACACGUUUAAAAGGUAUAAGGCCUUGGUUUAACCCCUUCAGUCACUACAGACCCUGGUUCUAUCCCGGGCUGUAUCACAGUGUCAUCUGGGUUUGCCUGGGAUAGGCCUUCAUUGUAAAAUAAGAAUUUGUUCUUAACUGACUUGCCUAGUUAAAUAAAACAUUUAUAAAAAGUUUUCCAUGUUGAUUCGACGUCAUCACAUGUAAUUUCUUUGUUGAAAUAGCGUUUAUUAAACCAGUUUUUGCCCAGUGGGUAGCCCG